AUGGCCGAGACGCCUCGACGCAAGCGGAAGAGCAGGUUCAGCGAUGCCCCGUCUGAUUCCACAGCGCCAGUAACCAAGCGAGUGGCUGUAAGUAUCGGUGCGUCCCCCAUGCUGGAUCCUGCGGCCUUGGCGCGCGCUGCAGCGACCAAGAUAGCGCGCGCCAUCCCCAAUUCCGCUGCCCCAGCUACUGUCUCCGUCUCAGCAGUCGUUUCGAGUGCUACAGCAGCGCCAUUGGACUCGGAUGAAUUGCGUAGAAUUGAGCAGGAGAAGAGACGUCGGACAGAUCAAAUUUAUAAGUCGGUGCAGAGCCAGAUGAGCCACAUCAAGGCGCUGUUGCGGAAGCCCGGAGCUUCUGUGACUGGAGCUGAAACAGCUGCACCCACAGCACUUCAGUAUGCUGUUCCUGGCAGCGGAAGCACUUUCAUGCCAGCCCCAUUGCUUCUGGACGAACAGGGACGCGAGAUUGAUGCUGCAGGAAAUGUCGUAGCGGAGAAAUCGACAGUGACGCCCGUAGCGUUGCUAAAAGCGAAUCAAGGAGGAGCGAGACGUGGAGAUGUUGCAAAGAAGAUUCAAAACCCGUACUUAUCUCAUCGCACAGCUGACGCUGAAGACAAGAUGGAGGUGGUGGAUCCAAGGCUGAAGACCGUCAAACGAGAAACACGCGCGCGCAAGACAUUUAACUUUGUUAAGCAAGGAACGUAUGUGAAGCAGGCAGAACAGGUGCGGGCCCGUGACGCUAAGAAAAUGAUGGCUGGUUUUACGUCGGGUCGUAAUCCGCGAGGAUAUCAGAAGGAAUUGAUUGUCCCUAUUGAUGAUGAUGCAAACACGGUCUUGGAUAAUUCUGAUACGACUAGCACAAUGGAAUUUGACAACAUAGAUGUUCCGCCUCAGCCAGAGACGUGUACACCUGACAUAGAGUGGUGGGAUGUGGAAUACCUUCCAAAGGACAAGCGUGCUAUAGUGGACAAGUAUGGGUUUAUCAAAGCUAACGUUCGUAAGGAAAACCCAGUGGCUAUAGUAACGUACGCUGAUAUGAAACUCAAAUACUGCGGAACUGCACAUGUUAUUGAGCACCCUGUGCGGCUCAACCUAAUUGUAAAGCACGACGACACACCCGUAGCUGUCCCGCUCAUGCUCACUGGUGCAGAGCGCAAGAAAAUGCGUCGUCAGAACCGCGCUGACCGUGAGAAGGAAAAGCAAGAUAAGGUCGCACUAGGCUUGCUGCCACCUCCUGAGCCAAAAGUGAAAUUGUCAAACAUGAUGCGCGUGUUGUCAGAGCAAGCCGUAGCCGACCCGUCGGCAAUCGAGCGACGGGUUCGUGAACAGAUAGCGCAGCGUGAGAAGAAUCAUGAAAUGCGCAACCUUGCGCGCAAGCUUACGCCCGAAGAGCGUCGCGAGAAAAAGCUUCGCAAGAUCAAAAAAGAUGCCGCUGGUGAUAUCCAUGUGGUGCUUUUCAAGGUGCCAGAUCUAUCAAACCCACAGCAUCGUUUCAAGAUCGACGUCAACGCGCAACAGUAUCAUCUCACAGGUGGUGUGCUACUCUGUAAAGAUAGCAAUAUCAAUAUGGUGGUGGUGGAAGGAGGUAAAAAAGCUAUCAAGCAGUACACGAAACUGAUGAUGCGACGCAUCGACUGGAAUGGAAGCUGUGCAGCAGGCCAGGAGUCGGAGAGUGAGGAUGAGGAGUCGCCGAAGCGCAGCAACGGGUGCCUGCUUGUCUGGCAGGGCGUUGUGGCACGCAAGGCUUUCAACAACUUUCGCUUUCAGGAGUGCCGGACGUCUGUCACAGCGCGGAAGGUUAUGGAGGCCAAGAACGUCGCGCAUUACUGGGACCUUGUGGAGAAGUCUGCGGAGGCUACAGCACUCGCCCCCUGGGGAUAG